AUGAAGAUUGGUAAUCUGUCCAGGUUCAUUCUCGUCAAAAAGCAAGCCAGCUCUUUGUACUCACUGAUCGCUGACGGACAAUAUCAUGACACGUCACUGGGUCGUCACACGUGGAAGUUGCUGAUUGGCUCCGAGGCAUCCUUGCAAUCAAAUUGUGACAAGGAAGGGUUCAAUCCCACUUCGAGGAAGGAAGAAAAUGCCAAAGCUAGAAUCGGUAUCAUUGCUAACGACGAUAACAAUUGCAGAUCUUGUGAUUCCAGAAUUGGCUUUGGCACAGGUGGGUACGAAGACGACUCCAACACGUGUGGGAACGAAGCAAAGCUCCAUUCAGAUAAUGGAGACAAACACAUCAAGGCCAUGGGGUACAUCUUGAAAUUUGUGAAAGUUGCCGAAGAAGCUUCUCCUUCUUUGCCUGGUUUACCCAUCACACAUCCUUGCUUCUCUGAAGCAGAUCAAUGCCGUACUUUGGAGUUCAGACCUGAAAAAGCAUUUAACGGCAAACGCCUCAUAAACCACGUGAUUCGCAUCGCUGAGGUGAUGGUAAAGGAGUUUUGUGAAAAUAUGUGUUACGUGGAACCUGACUGCGUCAGCAUUAAUCUUGAUAACCGCGUGGGAAGAAACCGGCAGUACAAAUGUGAAUUGAACAAUGUUACUCACGAAGGACACGAACACGAUCUGAAGAAGGAAGACAAUUAUUUUUAUCGUGCAGCUGAGAGCGCAUGUGUUCGAAAUCUCUGCAAGAAUAACGCCACUUGUCAAAGUGGUUUUACUGACAAAGGAUAUCGCUGUUUGUGUACUGCUGGAUUCAAAGGUCAAAACUGUGACGAAGAUUUUGAUGAGUGUGCUGAAGGAUCACACAGCUGCAGUGCUGAUGCUGUGUGUGACAAUACCAAGAGAUCUUACAAAUGUACAUGUAAACCUGGAUACCAUGGAGAUGGAUUGACUUGUGAAGAUAUUGAUGAGUGUGCUAUAGGAUUACUCAGCUGCAGUGCUGAUGCUGCAUGUAACAAUACCAGGGAGUCUUACAGAUGUACAUGCAAACCAGGAUACCAUGGAGUGGGAUUGACGUGCGAAAGUUCGUUUCAAUCGUGUGCAGAAAUUUAUAAAAGUGAAAGUUCACAGGAAAACAGAGCCUAUUUACUUCAGGUGGAUCAUGGAAAGGUCAUGGUUUACUGUCACAUGACUAACCUUGAGGGCUACAGGGGCGGCGGAUGGACGAUGGUUAUGAAAAUGGACGGCACAAAGUCAACCUUCCACUUUGAUUCGCAACUCUGGAGUAACCUGGAUGAUUUCAAUCCUCAAGGAGGGGGGACUGGUUUUGACUUUCAAGAGACCAAGCUACCGACCUACUGGAACACAUCCUUCUCCAAGAUCUGUCUAGGGAUGAAUAUCGGUAAUCUGUCCAGGUUCAUUCUUAUCAAAAAGCAAGCCAGCUCUUUGCACUCACUGAUCGCUGACGGGCAAUAUCGUGACACGUCACUGGGUCGUGACACGUGGAAGUUGCUGAUUGGCUCCGAGGCAUCCUUACAGUUGAAUUGUAACAAGGAAGGGUUCAAUGCUGUUUCGGGGAGAAUUUAUAAUUCAAAAGCAAGAAUCGGUAUCAUUGCUAACAACGAAAACGAUUGCAGCCGGUGUGAUUCCAGCAUUGGCUUUGGCACAGGUGGGUAUGGAGACCAUUCCAACACGUGUGGGAACGAAGCAAUGCACUCUCCCGAUAAUGGAGAUAAACACAUCAAAGCCAUGGGGUACAUCUUGGUUCAGUGACAAGGAAAUCCAUCUAAUCCUAAAGAAAUGGACACGAAACCAACUCUAAAUGACUUGUAAAUAUUUAGUUGUAGCAAAAGAGGUCUCAAUAAGAAAUUAGUCACCGAGUCUGAACUAUUUUUGUUUUAUC